GGAGGCCCCGGGGCGGGUGGCGGUGGCCGGAGUGGCUGCUCGGCGGGCAGCGCUGCGGGCCACACUGCAGCCGGGCCCGGGGCUCGAUUAGUUCUGUUGGCGAUUAAGUACUUGGGAGAGGAAAAUGACAUCGAUUAUCAAGUUGACUACGCUUUCAGGGGUGCAAGAGGAAUCUGCCCUUUGCUAUCUGUUGCAAGUAGAUGAAUUUCGUUUUCUUUUGGACUGUGGCUGGGAUGAAAACUUUUCUAUGGAUAUUAUUGAUUCUCUGAAAAAACAUGUACACCAAGUUGAUGCUGUUCUUCUUUCUCAUCCUGACCCUCUACACCUUGGUGCGCUUCCAUAUGCAGUUGGAAAAAUGGGGUUGAAUUGUGCCAUUUAUGCAACUAUUCCUGUAUAUAAAAUGGGACAGAUGUUCAUGUAUGAUCUCUACCAGUCCCGCCAUAAUACUGAAGAUUUCACACUCUUUACAUUGGAUGAUGUAGAUGCAGCCUUUGAUAAGAUACAACAGCUGAAGUUUUCUCAGAUUGUCAACUUGAAAGGCAAAGGACAUGGUUUGUCAAUCACGCCGCUGCCAGCUGGACACAUGAUAGGAGGCACAAUCUGGAAGAUUGUCAAGGAUGGAGAGGAAGAAAUUGUUUAUGCAGUUGAUUUCAACCACAAGAGGGAGAUUCAUCUGAAUGGAUGUUCCUUGGAAAUGCUGAGCAGGCCUUCAUUGCUUAUUACAGAUUCAUUUAAUGCUACUUAUGUACAACCCAGGAGGAAGCAAAGGGAUGAACAGCUACUGACUAAUGUUUUGGAGACAUUGCGAGGUGAUGGAAAUGUGUUAAUAGCGGUGGAUACAGCAGGCAGAGUUCUGGAGCUUGCUCAGCUCCUUGAUCAGAUCUGGAGAACGAAGGAUGCAGGAUUAGGAGUCUACUCCCUAGCACUUCUGAAUAACGUCAGCUACAAUGUAGUGGAAUUUUCUAAAUCACAGGUUGAAUGGAUGAGUGACAAGUUGAUGAGGUGCUUUGAAGACAAGAGAAACAAUCCUUUUCAGUUCCGCCAUCUCUCCUUAUGUCAUAGUCUGUCUGAUCUGGCUCGAGUGCCGAGUCCAAAAGUUGUUCUUGCCAGUCAGCCUGACUUAGAGUGUGGGUUUUCUAGAGAUCUUUUCAUUCAGUGGUGCCAGGACUCAAAAAACUCUAUAAUUUUAACUUACCGGACUACACCUGGAACAUUAGCACGAUUCCUGAUUGAUAAUCCUUCUGAGAAAGUUAUUGAUAUUGAGUUGAGGAAACGUGUCAAGUUGGAAGGAAAAGAACUUGAAGAAUACCUAGAAAAGGAGAAACUAAAGAAAGAAGCAGCUAAGAAGUUAGAACAGUCUAAAGAGGCAGAUAUCGAUUCCAGCGAUGAGAGUGAUGCUGAAGAGGAUAUUGAUCAGCCAACUGUACAUAAGACCAAACAUGAUUUGAUGAUGAAAGGUGAAGGUAGCCGGAAAGGAAGCUUCUUCAAGCAGGCAAAGAAGUCUUAUCCAAUGUUUCCAGCCCCUGAAGAAAGAAUUAAAUGGGAUGAAUACGGCGAGAUUAUCAAACCUGAGGAUUUUCUAGUUCCAGAACUUCAAGCAACAGAAGAAGAAAAAAGCAAAUUAGAAUCUGGUUUGACAAAUGGAGAAGAGCCUAUGGACCAGGAUUUAUCAGAUGUUCCUACCAAAUGUAUUUCUGCAACAGAAUCAAUGGAAAUUAAAGCCAGAGUUACAUAUAUUGACUAUGAAGGACGCUCAGAUGGUGACUCAAUUAAAAAAAUUAUUAACCAAAUGAAACCAAGACAGCUGAUCAUUGUCCAUGGACCACCUGAGGCCAGUCAGGACCUUGCAGAAUGCUGCAGAGCUUUUGGUGGAAAAGAUAUUAAAGUUUAUAUGCCAAAACUACAUGAAACUGUAGAUGCAACCAGCGAAACUCACAUUUACCAGGUCAGGUUAAAAGAUUCUCUUGUCAGCUCCCUUCAGUUCUGUAAAGCCAAGGAUGCUGAGUUGGCUUGGAUAGAUGGUGUUCUGGACAUGCGGGUUUCAAAAGUGGAUACUGGAGUUAUUUUGGAAGAGGGGGAGCUGAGGGAAGAUGAAGAGUUAGAGAUGCAAGUGGAUGUGCCUUCUUCAGACUCUAGUGUCAUUGCACAACAGAAGGCCAUGAAAAGCCUCUUUGGCGAUGAUGACAAGGAGAUGUGUGAGGAGAGCGAGAUCAUUCCUACUUUGGAACCUCUGCCACCCCAUGAGGUUCUUGGACAUCAGUCUGUGUUUAUGAAUGAGCCAAGGCUGUCUGACUUCAAGCAAGUUCUCUUGCGAGAAGGUAUUCAAGCUGAAUUUGUAGGAGGAGUGCUUGUGUGCAACAACUUGGUGGCUGUUCGCAGGACUGAAACGGGGCGCAUUGGAUUGGAAGGCUGUCUCUGUCAGGACUUCUAUAGGAUAAGAGACCUUUUAUACGAGCAAUAUGCUAUUGUCUAAGGAAAGUGCUGCAAAGAUGGUUUUAUUUGAACUUUUAAAGACAGUGGGGACUUCUCUCAAUUUUGACUUUUUGUAGCUUUCUAAUUUAUACAGGUGAAACCUAAUUCCUAAAGAACAAUUAACUACCCUGAACAUGUAAAUAAUUGCUACUUGUCUUCAUAAAUCUGUUGGUACAUUCCAUGUUGUCGACUUUCAAACUGUUGCUGUCUCCCACAUAACACAUUGUAAAUGAGUUUAUGAUUAUUCUUCUUAGGAAGGGUUCAGAUUGUCAGAACGUGUCUUGGUUUCAUAGAUUCCCUGCCAAAGAAUACAAAAUAGAACAAAGUUAUUCUUCUAUUUUAAAAUAACAUUAGAUGGGAAACUGUAAGUUGCUUUGCUUUUGUUCUUUUUGUUUCUUGUGUAGUUGGGGUUUUUGGUUUGGUUUUCUUUUGUUUGGUUGGGUUUUAUAAAUAACUCUGAUUUAGCAGGACAGUCAAGUGUGAUUUGUUUUGCUUGGUUUUUCUUCGUUUAAAUGAAGGUUAAAGUACAUUUUGUAAUAGCCAUUUAAAGCUAGACUUGUCUGACUUUCCCCCAGUGUUAAUGCGACUGCAUCUUGGUCUUGCAUCUGCUAUUACUGAUUUGUUCCAGAACAGCAGUUCGUAUUCUAUAUCAAAAAAUUUACUUUGGAAAGGUACUCCAAGAUGACUGGAUAAUACUGUCGCGCAGUUUAGAAUCCAGUGAUUGUGUGCUUCAGUGUAACUUCUGUGCCAGUGUACAGAAUUUGCAACGUCAAGCUUUUGCAAAAUUAUGCCAACUGGAAAAUCUUUUUGAGUUCUGACUUUAAUCCUUCCAAAACCUAAAGCCUUUAUCCAUCCAAUGUGGUGUUUGUUCACAGUGCCGUGAGCCAAGUUCAGGAAGAUCCUUUAUCUUGGAAUCUGACUCAUGUGAUGUGUUAAUGGUUUUGUGCCAUGUUUCAUUCUACUUGCAUGUGUUGUGCCAUUUUUCAUUCUAGUUGACAGUGGGACUUACUGUAGCUGCUGAUGCUGGGAAUUGACCUUUUUAGGUGAAAAUGAACACAAUUUUGGGCACCUUAAUUUCUCAGAAAUUAACUUACUCAAACAAAUGGCCGCUUGAGAGUUUAUUUAAUACUUCUUUUCCCUGUCCACAUGUGAACCACCGGCUUUGGCAGCGGAGAGUUGCUUGCUUGUUUUUACCUACAGCAGCAAUGUAAUACUUACUUUCUGUGUGUAUGUUUAAAUAAAACACUUUUUAAAAAGUGGCAAAAAUAGCCCUGUGGGCUUUCAGUGAAAAGAUAACUUACUUUGCAAUUUAUUGCUGAGAAAUAGUUUUCUCUCUGAUCUACAGACUAUUCUGUUUAAAAUAGUAACUUAAAACUGAAGACCAUGUUAAAACAAAAACGAAACAAGCACUUGCUAGAACUAUAUGCUAAAAAUUUAGAAACCUUGAAAAGUGAAUACUCAGUGACAACGUAUUUUGUUACACAAAGCAAACCUUGGCUAGGAAUGAUUGAAUGGCUUCAAUGUGCUGCUUUGCUUUUUUUAUUGUUGUUAUUUUUAUUUAUUUUCUCUUUUAUUGACAGCCACAACUUCAUACAAAUGCUCUGGGUUUGUAGCUGGUUUGUAGCAAUGCUAUCUAAAUCUAUAUGGUACCGGGUGCUUGUUGGUUAAUACUGUUGUAUUGUUGCUGAUGCUAAUGAACUUUCAUAAAGUGA